UUCAAUGGUUGUUGAACAGCAAUCGUAGUGGCUGUGGCACGCUCCUUGGAUUUCGGGAUGAUCCGUGUCAACAACAACAACGCUAGAGGGCUGCAGUGCCAAGGCGCCACUGGCGGAUGCCGAUCCACGUAGUUUUGGCGUCGCUGAAAAUCCUGUCCACCUACAUCAACCUCACCAACGACAACAUGAUGAAGCAUUGUGAUACUUGUCGCAAGUUAGGUCAUGAGUGGUGGGAGGAAGGGUGUCCGGGACCAUGUUGGCAUUGCGGAGCAUUGAAAGGUCACCCUGGCGCAAAAUGUGCACUGGGCGACCGGUCCAAUGCAUACCACUUGCAGGAAAAGCCGGACGACCCGAUGGAGGACGGCAAGAUCUAUCAAGCCAAGCUCUUGCAGAUGAUGCAGGAGCUAGCUGAGGAACAAGUCUAUGUCGAGGUGUUGAAAGCGGCGCGAGAUGAGGCGGAGAAAGAGAUGACGAGAGAGAAGAAGAAGGCCAACAAGAAGGCCAGGAACACAGCUGCGAAAGCGAGGAGAAAUGAGAAGAGGGCGGCGGAAAAGCAGUCGGAGAAGGAGAAGAGCGAGAAGUCGGCGCAAGAGGAACAGCAGCAGCCAAUGCAGCCAACGCAGCAGCAGCAGCAGCAACCUCAGCAGCAUCGGAACUUGUACGGCCCUGACGGGCUGGACAAGCAUCCGGGCUUCGUGGGUACGGCGCGAAAGCAUGAGAAGACUCGAGCAAGGAAGGAGGCCAACGCCGAGGAGGCCGACGCUGGCAACGGAACAGAACAAGGCUUUGAGCAAAAGAGCAAGAACAACGUAACGGAGGCUUACCCGGUACUCCUGAUCAGGAAUGAGGUGGAGGGAUCUGCAUCCAGCCAGCUCAACCUUUCACUGCCACAUUUCCAUCGGUACCCUCCACCUCCACAAGCACGAGCACGAUCCUGCUUUAUCGACUAUCCUUCACCUCCACGAGCACGAUCCUACCUUAUCGGCCACCCUUUACUACACGAGCACAAGCACAAGCACGAGCGCGAUUCCACCGAAGUGACCACCCUUUACUACACGGGCAAAAGCACGAGCACGAUCCUACUUCACCAACUACGCUUCACCUCUACGAGCACGAUCCUACCUUAUCGGCCACCCUUUACUACACGAGCACAAGCACGAGCACGAUCCUACUGA